AUGUAUUGGCCACUAAUACUAUCUAUCUAUCUAUCUAUCUAUCUAUCUAUCUAUCUAUCUAUCUAUCUAUCUAUCUACACAAAUAUGAAUCUUAUUAUACCAUACAUAUUUGAUUUACAAUUGAUACCAAUUUCUAUCUAUCUAUCUAUCUAUCUAUCUAUCUAUCUAUCUAUCUAUCUAUCUAUCUAUCUAUCAUGCAUACGGCUCUCUAGCUAUAUAUAUCUAUCUAUAUAUUGCUCUCUAGGUAUUGUGAAUUCCCAAGCCCUCUUUCGUCUCAGCUUUAGUUGUUUGAUUCCUUUCCCUUUCUUCGUUUGUUCUUUCUAUCUCAUUUUUCUUCUUUCUUUUCUAUCAGUUUUCUUUCUUUCUUUAUUCUUAUUUUUCCCCUUGUAUUUUUCGUUUUGUACCUCGCUGAUCCCCCACUUUUUUUUUUUUUUGCAAACAUUUUUUUUCUGUCGCUCGAUGUUCUUCUUGUGUCUUUGUUUCCUUCUUUGUUUAUUGUACCCUCCUAACAUUUUCAUUUUUUUUUUUCUUUUAUUCUCCACUUUUCCCCUCUUUCACAUUCAUCCGUUCACACGAACCCUCACACUCUUUUUACAUCAACACACACGCUCUUUUCACUCUCUUUCACUCACUCGCUAA